AUGGGUUUUGAUGAUAAGAAGAAGGGAAAUGGAGAAGAGGGCAACCCGGAUUCGAAAGUUGGGUCGGGCGAUCCGGACCCGGAAAUCGUGCCCGGGACCGGUGGCCGGGUCAGCAGGCAAAUAAGCGAGAGCUCUAUUUACACGACUGAUCAUGAACAUGAUGAAGAUGAUGAGGAUACUGAAUCCAAGAUCCAGUUGGGCCCUCAAUGUACCCUCAAAGAGUUGUCUGAAAAGGAUAAGGAUGAUGAGAGUUUGAGGAGGUGGAAAGAACAGCUUCUGGGGAGUGUGGACAUCAAUGCUGUUGGAGAAACACUCGAUCCGGAUGUGAAAUUCUUGAGCCUUGCAAUAAAAUCUCCCGGGAGAAAUGACAUAUUGUUGUCAGUCCCAGAGGUUGGAAAUCCUAAAAGCCCGUGGUUUACUUUGAAAGAGGGAAGCAAAUAUAGCCUCGAGUUCACUUUCCAGGUCAACAACAACAUUGUAUCGGGCCUCAAGUACAAGAACAAUGUCUGGAAAACCGGCAUUAAAGUGGACAGCACGAAAGAGAUGAUUGGGACAUUCAGUCCUCAGCCAGAACCUUAUAAGCACGAGAUGCCGGAAGAGACUACUCCGUCUGGCAUGUUUGCUAGGGGUUCGUAUUCGGCAAGAACACAGUUUGUUGAUGAUGAUAACAGAUGCUACUUGGAAUUAAACUAUACAUUUGAGAUCAAGAAAGAGUGGCAGCAGACAUAA